AUGCCAGUUCCACUUGCCCCAUAUCCAACUCCUCCAGCACCAUACACAACACCGGCAAAUGGUGCACAGAGCCAACUUGUGUGCUCUGGAUGUAGGAACCUUUUACUCUAUCCUGUUGGAGCCACCUCUGUCUGUUGUGCGGUUUGUAAUGCAGUCACUGCUGUGCCACCUCCUGGCACAGAAAUGGCACAGCUGGUUUGUGGAGGAUGCCACACCCUACUCAUGUAUAUCCGCGGAGCAACGAGUGUACAAUGUUCUUGCUGCCACACUGUAAAUCUAGCCUUGGAAGCAAAUCAGGUGGCGCAUGUCAAUUGUGGGAACUGCAGGAUGCUGUUAAUGUAUCAAUAUGGAGCAAGAUCUGUGAAAUGUGCGGUUUGCAAUUUUGUCACAUCAGUUGGGGUGUUGACGAGCACUCCCGAACAGAAAUUCAACAACUAA